AUAAACCGAAACUAGUACAACUUAUAUGCAGGGAAGUUAGCGGAGAGCCGGAGAGGAGAGUAUGUUCCUUAGCCAGCCCUAGUUCGGACUCCAGAACAUAAACCGACACGAAUAGUCCAGUUUCAUUACCAGCGGUGCCAAUCGCCAUUUCAGCUUUCGGCUUUCUUAACCAUUGCAAAGAAGGUAGAUACACCGGCUACAAUGGAGACUCAUUGCCAAUUUUGGUUACCCAAGAAGAACAGAUUCUGUGCCAACACCCCUCUCAAUCUGUCUCAAUUCUGCGGGAAUCAUACUACGAGGUCCAAUGUCAAAUGGGUUCCUUGCCCAAUUGACCCUUCCCACUCUGUGCUUGAUGAAAACAUGGAGGGACACAUUAAAAAAUGCCCAUUAUUGAAGCAAACACAGAUUUUAUCUGUUCAGCCUUAUUACCAGAAGGGUAUUAAUCAAGGCAGAGAUGAUUCUGCACCAGACACACUUGAACAGGAAUCUGACUUUACUUCUGAGAAUAAGAGGAAUUGGGUUUAUAAUAUGACUGUUCCUCAGUUUUCUGAGUUACUCUCCAAGAUCAGGUCACUUCACUGUUCCAUUUGUAAGGAUAUUGGGUUUUCUUAUAGGAUGCCUCAUGCCUGUGAUCUUUGGAUUAAGAGACAAAUUGACAGGAAACUGCCAUACCAAGAGAAGCAUGUCCUGCAACAGGCAUCAAUUCUCGGUAACUUGGAGGAUUUGGGGGGCUUGAGUAGUUUGACUCAAGCUGUGUCCGAUGAACAAUGUGAUACUUCUGCUGUUGUUGAGUUUGGAGCUGGGAGGGGUUACUUGACACAGAUACUAGCUGAUUCAUAUGGGAUUAGAAAGGUCUUCUUGGUUGAGCGCAAGUCAUACAAGCUGAAGGCUGAUCGAAGUUUACGACAGAAAGAAAACAUGGAAUUGGAGCGAUUAAGAAUUGACAUUGAAGAUUUGAAUCUGAAUGCUGUUGAGUCAUUGAAUGGUAUGCCGUACUUGGCUAUCGGUAAACAUCUUUGUGGACCAGCCACAGAUCUGACCCUUAGAUGUUGUCUUGGUGGGAAUUACGGUGAAAAGAGUAUUACAGAGCAGAGUACUCAUCCUCGUCUCGUAAGCAUUGCAGUGGCAACCUGCUGCCACCACCUCUGUCAAUGGAAACACUACACUAAUAAACGAUACUUAGAGAAGCUAGGGAUCACUAAAGAAGAUUUCCAUGCUAUUACAUGGUUUACCAGUUGGGCAGUAGAUGCUGAUCAUGGAUCAGAUCUUACUAUUGAUGUUUCUUUGCAAUCUACAGUGCUACCAAGUAAUAACGAUGAGUGUCGUAGAAAUACUCUUGGAGUUGAAGGUAUCAUAAAGAAUAUGAAAGCAGCGGACAGAGCAACAUUAGGGUUUAUGUGCAAGGACAUCAUUGACAUGGGUAGAUUAAUGUGGAUUAAGGAACGCGGACUUGAAGCUAAACUUGUCAAAUAUGUUCCAACAGACAUUUCCCCUGAAAAUCGCUUACUGGUUGCGAAGGCAACAACACCAGCAGUGUCUAUACCAACGAGCUAACAUGGGAGCAUACAGAAACACCAAUUAAAUGCAAUGGAAUAAAUCACACCAGCAGUGUUCAUGUACUAUUACUCAUUGUGUAUGCUAACAAUGUGAAGUUAUGGCUCACUGAGAAUUACAUCUUCCCUCUUCAGGAUCGUGUGCUUGAAAUGUCUAUGUUUACCGGUUCAUGCUUGUGUACCCAUGUUUACAACCAUUUGGCUUAGUGUACGGAUUUUCUAUCCAAGAAGUUCGAAGGAAAGGAGUGUAAGCAAGUUCGGUAUAACAAUUUCUCGUUUAGGCCAAUUCUCUUUAUGAAACUUAUAGGCAUGAUUAUACCCGUUUCUCAUUUCAUGUCAAACUCGAUUUUUGAGUAUAAAAUCUGUCAGUCCCAUCUUUGAACCAGUUAAUUUUGUUGCAAGAGAUCUCGUAAGUUAAAAAUUGAGUUUUAUUCAGUUGGAGAACAAGUAAAAUAAUUAUGGUGGCAUUCUAUACAUGGUGUUGAUAUGCAGGUGUGAACAUGAAUAUGUUUUUGAAGAUUUUUACCCAAAUAAGACCACAUCAGAAGACAUAAUUGGAUAUGGACAAAAUUUAGAUCCUCGCAUUUGCAGGGCACAUUCCAAAAAAUUGAUGCGGUAGAGGUAUGAUAUGUAAGUUUGUGGCUGGUCUCUUGCUUUUAAAGUCAAAAACUCGGAAAUCUUAAUCUUGUAAUAGAUAAAGUAUAACCAAGAAAUUAGAAUCGUACAAAAUUUUUUCACUAAAAAGUAUGCCCAACUACUCAGUUCUAUCCUUUGAAAUUACUAUACUAAGUAUUUAUUUAGCUUAUCUCUUUUGAUUUGUUAUACUACCUCCUAUUCAACUCAUUAGUCCUAUUUAAUUUUUUACACUUGUUGAGGUAAUAUUUUAACAUUAAUAAUUUUUUAUUCUUAAUUAAAAAUUAUAAAAAAAUAAUAUUAAUAAUCUUUGUAUUGAGACGAAUUAAAUAAGAUCUUACAUGACUAUGUUUUAACUUAUAGACUAAGAAUAAAAUACAAAUUAAGAGUAAUAAGUGAAUAGGGAAAAAAAAUAAAUGGGACUAAUGGGUAGAAUAGGAGGGAGUAAUUUUCUAAUUUGCUUUUAAUUUUCUUUUAAUAUUAUACUUACAUUUGAAAGCACCCUUUCAAUUUUUAAAGUUUGUGUCAAAUGCCCAUUUUGUAAUUUCAAACGGAUCGAGAUAGUAGUCGAGGAAUCUUAUGGCAUUUUGUUUGAUUUUCGUGUCAUUAAUAUUUUUAUGUCUCUUUUGAGAUUGCUAGUGAUAGUAAUAUUUUUUUUUCCUCACAAUAUGUCACUAUUAAUGGUAAUAUCAAAAAGAAAAAAAAAUUUUAGACUCAUUUUCACAACCCAACACCAGAUAUAAUAUUUUAGACAGUAAUUAUUCAAAAUCCUUACAAGGCUUGUCAGUCCAACAUGAUCAUGCACGAUACAAAAGAAUUAUUCAACUGAAAUAGAAAUAAAUAUGCGAAGAGUCAAACAAACUCAAUGUCACUUUCUAUUAAUAACAAUAAUUUCAAAGUGUUAAUCCUAAUAAUAUAUAAUCGAUCGGAUAAAUGAAAAAAUAAAAAUGUAAAUUUUGGUUUAUAAGAAUUAAUCUAUAUAUUACUCGCAUAAAACAUACACUAAACAAA